UGGAUUGCUCGAAAAUGAAUUUCGGUUUGGCGCGUGAUUGCAUCAGUUUUUUGGAGAUUGUUGCGAAAAACAGUCGUUUGUGGCAUACUAGGAACAAAACAGGUUAGAUUGACCACUACUCGGGCGGUUUGCAGUUUGUGAGAAAUUUCUCAGCCCAUCUCAAUCGCUCAAGAAACCGUGUUUUCUUUGAUCGCAGUACGCAGUUGGGAAGAAGUGACAGCUUAAACGACGCUGACUGUGGAAAGUUACGGCCAGUAAUCGGACCAGAAACUUUUUGAGAGGAUUCGCUUCCACGAAACUGGACUUAUAGCGAAUAAAAUGGCAUCCUCAUCAAAGGAUGUUAUAGAUCCGGAAACGACAAGCCUUGUGGCGUACGAAAGUCGCAUCAAGUCUGGAACUCACGGCGAAGUUUACCAGAAGCAACUGGCCCUAGCACUUUUGCUAAGGCUGACACGAGAAGAGAAGAACUUCUGCUUAGCUUAUGAGAUGACAUCCGCAGAUAAGUUUGAUGAUGUGGUGCUGUACGAUAAAACAACCAAACAAUGGACUUUUCUGCAAUCGAAACAUGCCGACGGCAAAGAAUCGAAGAUAGAUCUCAAUGGAUUGCUACCAAAUACGCAUCGAGAGAAAGGAGAUUUCAGUUUGUACAAAUAUUUCACUUCUUACAUGAUAAUUCGAAAUAGAUUCAAAGGUAAAAUCAACUUAGUGCUGUUCACCAACAAAAAACUAGAUGAAAAGUUGAAAACCGCAGAAGAUUGCUUUGCGGUCCAGGAUCGAAAAGCAGAUGAAUAUCUUCGCUUUACAUCUAAAGGAGCAACCCAGAAAUCACUCAUACCGACUGAAUCCACAAUACAAUCAAUAGUGGAAUACACUAACAAAGAUUUAUUUUCCCUGAAGGACGCUAUCAAGCAACUUUUUACUAGAGGAAUCAUUACAGAUCAGCUUCUAAAGUACAAAGCAUAUUUGAAAGACAUUUUGAAGGAGUCGGGAAACUGUCAAAUAAGAUUCACAGAUACUUUUAACGAAUCACUGAUUUUCAUUUCUGAAUUAUACAAAAGGCUUCAAUCAGAGUUACAGAACUUAAAGCCUAUUGUUAAACCACCAGAACUCGAUGUCAAUGAAAAAGAAUGUGGUUUUACAAAUUUGCAAUCAGUGGAAUUCAAACAUCUAGCUGAUGCCAUCAAAAACCUUUUUCAUAGAGGAAUAGUGUCCGACUAUUUAAAGAAGUACGAAAAUCUUUUAGCUUUGAUCCUGACAACGACUGCACAUGGCCAGCUAGCAUUCAAAGAAACAUUCAAUGGUGAUGUAGUUCAUAAAGCUGAAUUGUAUAGAACGCUGAAGGCUGAAUUGAAUGAUAUGAAAACAGUGAUUUCAACGAAGCAGAAGUUUUUCGAUGGAAAGGAUUCUCGAUGCAAACACCAUUCACUAUUGUUCUAUGCGGAGGCAUCUGAUGUGAGACAAUUUUUUGAGCUACUCACUUUAUCUGUGCAUCAACCGGAAGAAUUGGGGCCUUUCAUCGUCGAGGAGCUCAACUCGUGGAUGAGAUCGUGGCUGCGGCCUGACGUUUUAGGUAAGCUAACCGAAUGCCACUAUAAAAAUGCUGUUAAGGAUUUGGAUGAUCAUUUUGAAGCAACACUGAAACGCGAGCAAGGUAAUUCCAAACCAUAUUUAAAUCAACAAUAUGUAUCACAGUAUUGCAACAAGUUACGAUUGGAAAUUGCAAAAUUAUAUCCAGAAUUGAAUAAUAUGAACCAGUUAUACAUUAACAGAGUGCUAAUAUUUGAAAAAGAGGAUAGCGAUGAAACACAACAUUUAAAAGCAUCUCAAUUUCAUGGAUACACAACAUCUGUCUUAAGCCUUAAUUUAGAAGAAUUUUUUUCCCUUGAUGACAAUACAACAGAAAAUGAACUUGGAAUGGACGAUAGAGUAUUUCUAUCUAACAAAACUUGCGAGGAAAUGACAGACAUCGAAUUUGCAGCAAAUCUGAUGUUUAAGUUUUCACAGUAUCAGUGUUUAGUUUUGACGGCGGACCCUGGAAUAGGUAAAACUGAGCUGCUUCAAUACCUUGCCCUUGAAUACCAAAAACUGAAAUCAGGAACUGUUUACCUUUUUUACCUAAACAGGCUGCAAGAUUCUGAGGAAGGUUUCGACAAUAAAGCAUCAUUGAAUAUAUUCAAAUGUGUGUUAUCUGACAAGAAUAUUAUACUGAUACAAAAAGCUUUGGAAAAUAGGUCCGAUGAUCACAUUAUAAUACUGUUUGAUGGGUAUGAUGAAAUACAUAAGAAAAAUAUUGACAAAAUAAAUAGACUGAUGGAAUUAUUGUUCACAUCAAAACAAAUUCAAGUUGUUAUAAGUGUUAGAAAUCAUAAAAAAAAAACAUUGCAACGCUUCUUGAAGAAGCAUAAGAUUAGUGUCGGAUACUUUUCAUUGGAGCCGUUCAGCAGCGAAAAUAUUAUUGAAUACCUUGCACAGUCUUGGAAAGAUAAAGUAGAGAGUGAUAUCGAUUUCAAAUUUGAUUCAUAUUCCAAAUUUUUGGUUGACAAGUUUAAUAGCUUGUGCAGAGUUCCAUUGAUGGUUAAAAUGAUGUCGAAAUUAUACAAACAGCGUUUUGAGCAAUUCAAAGAAACUAGUAUGGUCGAUAAAGAAGAUGAAAUAAGCUAUUUAGAAAAAGAUUUCUUAGAAGUUGAACACAUUUACGAAAUUUUUAUCGAAAAAUGUUUACAAUUAAAGAUAGAAGAUGCAUGUCAUGGCAUUGGAAAAGUUGAUCCAAAUAAACAAAUUUUCGAUGGGUUUUAUCUUGAUCAUCAACUACUAGCAAUAGAAUUUCUUGAUGUUGGUGAGCUAAAAUUUAUCAUAAAAAAUCCAAAAUAUAUAAAAAAAUGGGACGAUAUUAAAAAAAACCAUCUGAACCAGUUUGAAAAAUCCAUUUUACUGAAUUUUAUUGACGGUAAGUUUUCUUUUUCUCAUCAUUCUUAUGCUGAAUAUUUUGUUGCGACCUUCCUAUGGGAUGAUUUUAUCAACUUGAAAAACAUUGUCAAAAAUAUUUUGUCUUGUUUUACAGGAAUAAGAAAGUUUUUCAUUAAAAUAAUCGAAAAAAACAUUAAAUUGUUCAUAGAAAAAAUCGCCCAUGAGACGUCCUUUGAUUCAAAAGAUGUUGUUUUCUGGGCAUGUGAAAGUAAUGCCGUAGAGUUGUUGAAAUAUGUGCUUUCAAAGAUCAGAAAUUUUUUUUUAUUUAAACCAAAGCCGGCCAAAAUGCUUCACAUUGCCAUUAAAAACGGCAGUGACAAAAUAUGUUCCUAUUUGAUCGAUGACUGUAAAGUACAUCCUGAUGUUAAGUAUCAUGGUGGUCUAGCUCCUCUACAUUCGGCUAUAAUAUUCGGACAUAUAUAUUUAGUACAAUUACUGCUAGGAAAAGGAGCAGACUUAAAUAUUCGAAACACAGCGGGAUGGUCAGUUCUACAUUAUGCAGUUCAUCACAAACAAAUGGCUAUUACAAAUUUUUUGAUCGAUAAAGGCACAAACGUGAACUCCAUAACCAAAAACAAAUGGACUGCACUUCACAUAGCUUGUAAUAAUGGUGAUGCUGAAAUGACGAGAAUGUUGAUACAAAAAGGUGCAUUGGACGAUGCAACGACAAACAAAGGUAAAAUUCCUAUGGAUUUAGCUGCGGCUGGAGCACACACAGAAGUUGUUAUCAUUUUAAUUGAAAAUAUGAUUGAUACUUUUAUUUUAUGCAGGACAAUUGGCGAUGUAUUAUGGAAUGGUUAUGACGCUAUGAAGGAAAUGCUAAUGAGAGGAUAUAAAAAAUUGCCUGCACUAUCAAGGUAUUUUGUAGAUCUCGACAAUGUAGAUUGGGAACGAAUAAUUAAAAAACCAGAAAGAUUGAUCUACGAUGGUGCCAAUGUUAAUGGACCGAAUAGUACAGGGUUAACAGUUCUACAUCUAGCCGCAUCUGAAAGUUUCUGUUUCAUUGUGGAAUUACUACUUAGUAAAGGUGCUAACGUAAACGCUGUGGAUGAAAAUAAAUGCACAUCGCUUCAUUUUGCUUGUCAGAAUGGUCAUGAAGAGGUUGUGGAAUUAUUGUUGAGAGAAAAAGCCAAUAUUGAAGCAUUGGAUGUUGGGAACUAUACACCGCUUCAUUUUGCAUGUAUGUAUGGUCAUAAAAAGAUUGUGGAAUUAUUGUUGAGAGAAAAACCCAAUAUUGAUGCAUUGAAUAAUGGGAAGUUUACACCGCUUCAUUUUGCAUGUGAGAAUGGUUAUGACGAGAUUGUGGAAUUAUUGUUGAGAGAAAAAGCCAAUAUUGAAUCAUUGAAUGAUAGGAACUAUACACCGCUUCAUUUUGCAUGUAUGAAUGGUCAUAAAAAGAUUGUGGAAUUAUUAUUGAGAGAAAAAGCCAAUAUUGAUGCAUUGAAUAAUGGGAAGUUUACACCGCUUCAUUUUGCAUGUGCGAAUGGUUAUGACGAGAUUGUGGAAUUAUUGUUGAGAGAAAAAGCCAAUAUUGAAUCGUUGGGUGUUUUGAACUAUACACCGCUUCAUUGUGCAUGUGAGAAUGGUCAUGACGAGAUUGUGGAAUUAUUGUUGAGAGAAAAAGCCAAUAUUGAAGCAUUGAAUUAUAAGAACUGUACACCGCUUCAUUUUGCAUGUAUGUUUGGUCAUAAAAAGAUAGUGGAAUUAUUGUUGAGAGAAAAAGUCAAUAUUGAUGCAAUGAAUGAUGGGAACUUUACACCGCUUCAUUUUGCAUGUGAAUAUGGUCGGGACGAGAUUGUGAAAUUAUUGUUGAGAGAAAAAGUCAAUAUUGAAGCAUUGAAUGAUGGGAACUUUACACCGCUUCAUUUUGCAUGUAAGAAUGGUCAUGUCGAGAUUGCGAAAAUAUUGUUGAGAGAAAAAGCCAAUAUUGAAGCAUUGGAUGGCGGGAACUGUACACCGCUUCAUUUUGCAUGUAAGAAUGGUCAUAAAAAGAUUGCGGAAUUAUUGUUGAGAGAAAAAGCCAAUAUUGAUGCAUUGAAUGACGGGAAUCGUACACCGCUUCUUUUGGCAUGUUUGUAUGGUCAUGACGAGAUUGCGAAAAUAUUGUUGGGAGAAAAAGCCAAUAUUGAUGCAUUGGAUCUCAAUAGAUGGACACCGCUUCAUUUGGCAUGUAUAACUGGUCUUAAAGAGGUUGUAAAUAUAUUUGUAAGAGAUGGAGUCAACAUUUGCACAAAGGAUUACAAUGACCUGACACCGCUUCAUUUUGCAUGCCAAAAUGGUCAUAAUGAGGUUGUGGAAAUAUUGAUAAGAAAUAAUGCCAAUAUUGACUCCGAAGCUCUAAACAAAAUCACACCUCUUCAUUUGGCAUGUGAGAAAGGUAAAAAAAAGGUUGUGGAAAUAUUAAUUAGGGAAAAAGCCAACAUUAAUGCAUUGACUUGCAAGAAUUUCACACCGCUUCACUGGGCAUGUCGCAAUGGUCAUAAAGAGGUAGUUGAAAUAUUAAUAAGAGGAAAAGCGAACAUUGACGCAUUGGCUGAAAACAAGUUCACACCGCUUCAUUUGGCAUGCGAGAAUGGUCAUAAAGAGGUAGUUGAAAUAUUAAUUAAGGAAAAAGCCAAUAUUGACGCAUUGACACACAAGAAUUUCACACCGCUUCAUUGGGCAUGUCGCAAUGGUCAUAAAGAAGUAGUGGAAAUAUUAAUAAGAGGAAAAGCGAACAUUGACGCAUUGGCUGAAAACAAGUUCACACCGCUUCAUUUUGCAUGCCGAAAUGGUCAUAAAGAGAUUGUGAAAAAAUUAAUAAGGAAAAAGGCCAACAUUGAUGCAUUAACUCACGAGAAUUUUACACCGCUUCAUUGGGCAUGCCGCAAUGGUCAUAGAGAGAUUGUAGAAAUAUUAAUGAGAAAAAACUCCAAUAUUGACGCUUUGACUCACAGGAAUUUUACACCGCUUCAUUGGGCAUGCCGCAAUGGUCAUAAAGAGGUCGUAAAAUUAUUACUUAGGGAAAAAGCCAACAUUGAUGCAUUGACUCACAAGAAUUCCACACCGCUUCAUUGGGCUAGCCGCAAUGGUCAUAAAGAGGUUGUGGAAAUAUUAAUGAAGGAAAAAGCAAACAUUGACGCAUCAGCUGAAAACAAGUUCACAUCGCUUCAUAAGGCAUGCAGCGAUGGUCAUGAAGACGUCGUUAAUUAUUAAUUAGGGAAAAACCAACAUUGACGCGUUGACACACAAGAACUCAAGAACACUACUUCAUGCCGCAAUGGUCAUAAAAAGGUACACGCAGAGGAGAAAUCAAAAAUAUUUGAGGGAAACUCAAAUUAAUUGUCAAUUGGUUCAGACCACAAAAACUGUUUGGAGCAAAUCGAACAUCACAUUUGGAGCUAAUGCUGCAAAAACGUUCCUUUUGUAUUUAUAGGAACUGUGAUGCUAUGGCGGUUAGACGUCAAACUCGUUUUGACAUUGACAUUGCUUUUCACCUCUGUUUAUUUUGGGCCCCGACCGGCGAACACCCAACUAUCGAAUCAACCUCUACUAACGAGCCCUCAAUGAACGUACGCGCACUGUACACACAGAGACAAAUAUCGUUCGUUUGAAACAAAAAUAUUCAUGUUAAUUCGGUAAACUGAUAAAAAGUUUAAAACUAUAAUUUUAAUUUUUAAAACUAACUCAAUUACACAUUUAUUUCGACAAUACCCAUUCCCCGACGGCGGAACGGGGGGCUCCCCCGUUCCGCCGUCGAGAACAUAAACAAAACUCACAAGUUCCGGCUGCAGCAUCAAACAACAAAAUGUCCUGCUGCAGAAAAGGCAAGCUUCACCGAAAGUCUCCAUGAAAUCCCGUUGUUUUCGGGAGCGUAUGUUAUCUAAUAGAUGAUACAUGAUGUUGGUUUUGAAAGUAUAACACGGGAGGUGUUUUUUUAUCCUGCGGAGAAAAUGAGUUUUCUGCUAAACAAAUAGUUCCGCAGGGCCGACCUGCCAAAAAACAAAACAAAAAUGUUUACAUGUAUUCCUAACAUAAUCUGCCAGAAGAUGCAUUUUGGUUUCAAACAUGGAUUGCAUUUGUUUCAAAUGUGACGUUCGAUUUGCUCCAAACAGUUUUAUUUUUGUGGCCUGAACAAAUUGACAAUUUAAUUCAUUAAUCAAAUAUUUUUGAUUUUAACAUAGUUUUUUUUUCUGCGUGUACGGUUUCGCAUGAUGCGUUAAUGGUGUACUCUGUGUAUUCUCAGCUUUUGCGUUCUUUAUCCCAUAUAGAUUUCUCGCGCUUAGUAUCAUACAGGCGUUUCUACAAUGAUCGAUUUCUCUUCUGAUUUUUUUUGGAAAAUAUGUGCAGUAUUCGGAUGGCUUCUCGGUGUAGCCCUGGGGAGGACACUGACUAGCAUCACAGAGAACAGACGUCCAAGCUCAUGAAGUGCCGUUGUGUAAAGCAUUGCAACGGUUGUUUUGAAAUAACCGGGAAUGUGGCCAAUUGAUUUUUUCAGCACGGGUCGUACAUUUAUCCAACGAGGCUUGCAGAGCUGGAUAAAUGCGAAGAGUGCUGAAAAAAAUCCAGUUUUGUAACGAGUUCCAUGCAAAAUUUUAUGCAAUGAUUUUUUUUAUUAUACAACUCAUUUGAGAUGCAUAAUGAUCAUAAUGCCACCCAAAUGACAUUAUGAACAUUUUUCAUUAUGCAACUCAUUUCCGUUGCAUUAUUUAUUUAUUUUAUUAUUACUAUGUCUUCGAUAAAAAAUCGUACAGACUGGUUCUUAAUCUUCUUUAAUAACCUAUUCCUAAAGUUCUCCUUCGUCAUACCCAAGUCGAACAUGUUGCUUGCUUCAUUAAAUUCUCGUAUGCAGGAGCACAGAGAACAGACGUCCAAGCUCAUGUAGUGCAGUUGUGUAAAGCAUUGCAACGGUUGUUUUGAAAUAACUGGGAAUGUGGCCAUUACGCGGCGCUGUCACAUUUUGAAUCGGGGUACAAAUUUGCCGUUGUUUUAGCUUUUGGCGCUAGUGUCACCAAGUGUGCACGAUAGUAUAGUUCCACCAAGAGAAUGUGUUGUUUUUACUUGGAAAACAAUAAUUGAAUUCUUGUUCAACUUGUUUAUUAUUGAAAAUAAUGAAACUAAUUAUCAAUGGGUUGCUCAAAUUUUGUUGCUGGAUUAGUGAAAUAAUCAUAAACAUCUUGUUAUUUAAGCAAAUAUAGCUCAGAAUCUGAGUAGGAAAAUUUAAAGGUGCGCUAGUGAAAUAUUUCUUCAGAAAGCGCCAUCAUGGUGCCGAAACAAGUUUUUGAGUGGGAAAGUCACCGUCGAUGUCGCUACUGAGCUUGUUUUUUCUUUACACAAGAUUUUCAAGCAAUUUUGUUCGAGCAUGUUCGUCUGUUCUCUGUGGCAGGAGGUCAAAGGAUUGCAUUGUUGUGGCCGUAGUUUGUUCUAUGCCCAGGAACAAUAAGGAAGUCGUUUUGUCGAAGUUGACGCGUCGGUACAUUCAAUGACAGCUGCCGUAGAAGAUCCGGACCGUCAAUAUUGUUCUGCAAUCUAUUGAACACGACUUUUUACGUCUAUCUGAGAGCAGUUCCAGAUCGAUUAGGCGGCAGCGUGCAGGGUAGUCCGGGAGAUGUUCAGGAUCGUCCCAUGGUAGAUUGCGAAGCGCAAAACGUAUAAAGCGCCUCUGGACGCGUUCGAUGCUGAUUAUCUGCGCUAGGGGCAAGACACUGCAAACGAGAGCAACUCUGAGAGAUUCUGAGUUACUCUGUUUAUCGAAAUUUGUUGAAAGAUAUCCCUAAAACUGCAAUUUUCAUUCAGCACACGCAACACUUUGCAGUUUGACAUUGGUGCCAGAUAACAAUUUGGCACAACGGGAGAAAUUCUGAGUAAUUGUGAGGAAUUCUGAACAACACCUCGAACACAGAUUUGCUCUCGUUAGAUCUGUCUUGCCCCUAGUAUCUGCGAAACGUGAUACGGAUUCCAAAUCGGAGCUGCAUAUUCCAAGAUGCUACGCACCAGGGCACAGAACAGUGACUUGAGCGUGUACGGGUCGGUAAGUGCGUUGCGUUGCGGCGGAUAAAUCCAUGAACGGAGAAUAGUGGUUGCUGACAGCUGACUGAUCAAUACACGUUAAAACGUUUCAAAUAACACGCUUAUUACCCAACAAAGAACGCUUUAACCGAGGGAGCGUGUAUGCAAGCGUUUUUUCACGAUGAAAACAAACUGUUGAUAAUGUAGGUUAGCUGUCAGCAAUCUCUACACGGAGAAACUGAAAAACUCAAAAUUAGGUACUUUUAAACUCAAUUUUGAAUUCUUUUUCAUCUCCCUUUUCAGGCGCUCUUUCUAUUGUUGUCAGAGAGUGAAGUGAGAAACACUCCAACUUUUGCAGUUCCGUGCGUCAAGCCAACACUGAGUUUCUAGCACAGUACUCAAAUUUGAGUGAAUACAACUUAAAACUUAAAAUUAGGUAUUUUUUUCACAUGGAACCAAGCGGGAACAACCCAACAAAAACAUCGAUUCCGUCAAGGAAUUUCUGGAAGAAUCUCUGGAGGAAUUCAUGGAAGAAUCCCUGGAGGAAUCUCUGGAUGAAUUCAUGGAGGAAUCUCUGGAAGAACUAAUUGAAGAAUUCUUGGAGGAAUCCCUGGAAGAGUUCCUGGAGGAGUUGCAGGAAGAAUUCCUGGACGAAUCUAUUGAAGCAUUCUUGGAGGAAUCUCUGGAAGAAUUCCUGGAAGAAUCUCUGGAAAAAUUCUUGGUAGAAUCUCUGGAAAAAUUCCUGGAUGAACCUCUGGAGGAAUUCCUGGAGCAAUCUCUGGAAGAACUUAUGGAAGAAUUCUUGGAGGAAUCUCUGGAAGAAUUCCUGGAGGAAUCUCUGGAAGAAUUCUUGGAGGAAUCAGGCCAAACAUUUCAAUAGGUCCUAUCUGCAUUUGAGAGGCUCUCUUUGUUCACUUUCUCUUUCAAUUAUCGUAAUGUAAUGGAACACUUUCCAACUAUUUUUGCAGUACAUAUCAAAAGACGAUUGUUUUGACCAUCGUUCAAUGCAAGGAGACAAUCAUAAUACAAUUAAACAGCUGAGAUACUAACGAAAGAGAGCAAAACCAAAGAGAGCAUCUCUUCUGCAGAUAGGACCUUUAGACAUGUUAGGCCUGGAAUCUCUGGAAGAAUUCCUGGAUGAAUCUAUUGAAGCAUUCUUGGAGGAAUCUCUGGAAGAAAUCUUGGAGGAAUCCCUGGAAGAAUUCCUAGAAAAAUCUCUUAAAGAAUUCUUGGAAUUAUCCCUGGAGGAAAUCCUAUAAAAAUGCUUGAAGGAAUUCAUGGAUAAAUCCCUGGAGGAAUUCCUGGAUAAAUCUUUGGAGGAAUUGCUGGAAGAAUUCCUUGAGGAAUCUAUGGAAGAACUCUUGGAGGAAUCUCUGGAAGAAUUCCUGGAGGAAUCUCUGGAAGAAUUUUUGGGAGAAUCCCUGGAAGAAAUCCUUUAAUAAUCCCUGGAGGAAAUUCUGAAAAAAAAAUUCCUUGAAUGAAUUCAUGGAAAAAUCCCUGGAGGAAUUCCUGGAUAAAUCUUUGGAGGAAUUGCUGGAAGAAUCCCUGUUGGAAUUCCUGGAGGAAUCUCCGGAAAAAUUCUUGGAGGAAUCUCUGGAAGAAAUCUUGGAGGAAUCCCUGGAAGAAUUCCUAGAAAAACCUCUUAAACAAUUCUUGGAAUUAUCCCUGGAGGAAAUCCUAUAAAAAUGCUUGAAGGAAUUCAUGGAUAAAUCCCUGGAGGAAUUCCCGGAAGAAUCCCUGUUGGAAUUCCUGAAAGGAUCUCCGGAGGAAUCCCUGGGGGAGUUCCCGGAGGAAUCCCUGGAGCAGUCUGUGGAGGAAUCCCUGGAGGAAUCUCUGGAAUAAUUCCUGGAGGAAUCUCCAGAAGAAAUCCAGGACGAUUCUCCAGAAGAAUUUCUGGAGGAAUUCCUUGAAGAAUCCCUGGAGAAACUCCUGGAAGAAUCCCUAGAGGAAUUCAUGGAAGAAUCCUUGGGGGAUUCCUGGAGGAAUUCCUGGAAGAAUUUCAAGAGAUAUUCCUAGAGGAAUCCCUGGAGAAAUUCCUGGAAGAAUAAAUAAAAGAAUUCCUGCAUGAAUUCCUGGAAGAUUCCUUGGAUAAAAUCCUGGAAGAACCCCUGGAGGAAUCCCUGUAGUAGUCUCUGGAGGAAUCCAUGGAAGAAUCUCUGGAGGAAUCUCAGGAAUAAUUUCUGGAUUAGUCCCUAGAAGAAUUCCUGGAAGAAUCUUUAGAAGAAUUCCUGGACAAAUCUGUAGAAGAAUUCCUGCAGAAAUCCCUGAAGAAAUUAUUGGAAGAAUCCCUGGAGGAAUUCCUGGAAAAAUCCCUGGAAAAAUUAAAGAAGAAUCCUUGAAGCAAUUCGUGAAAGAAUUCCUGAAGGAAUUCAUGGAAGAAUCCCUGAAGGAAUUCAUGGAAGAAUUCCUAAAGUAAUUCAUGGAAGAUUCCCUGGAGGAAUUCUUGGAAGAAUCCCUGGAGAAAUCCCUUUAAAAAUCCCUGAAGGAAUUGCUGGAAGAAUUCCCGGAAGGAAAUUCGGGAGGAAUUCCUGGAGUUAUCCCAAGAGUAAUCUCUGGUGGAAUUUCUGGAAGAAUCUCCAAAACAAUUCCUGAAGGAAUCUCUGGAAGAAUCCCUGGAGAAUUUCCUGUAAGAAUCCCUGAAGGAAUUCCUGGAAGAAUCCCUGGAGGAAUUCCAGAAAGUAUCCCUGGAAGAACUCCCAGAACAAUCCCUGGGGGAAAUCCUGGUGGAAUCCCUGAUUAAAUUCCUGGAGGAAAUCCUGGAGGUAUUCCUAGAGGAAUCUUUGGCGGAAUUCCUGGAAGAAUCCCUUAAAGAAUUCCUGGGGGAAUCUCUGGAAGAAUUCCUGGAACAAUCCUUGGAGAAAUUCCUUUAAGUAUCCUUGGAGAAAUUCCUGGAGGAAAUCCUUGAAGAAAUUCCUGGAAGAAUUCCUGGAGAUAUUCCUAGACGAAUCCCUGAAAGAAUCUCUGGAGAAAUUCAUGGAGGAAUUCCUGGAAGAAUCCCUGGAAGAAUCCCUUGAGGAAUUCCUGGAAGAAUCCUUGGAGGAAUUCCAGAAAGUACCACUGGAAGAAUUCCCGGAACAAUCCGUCGAGGAAUUCCUUGAAGAAUCCCUGAAGAAAUUCCUGGAAGAAUCCCUGAAAGAUUUCUGGAAGAAUCUCUGGAGGAUUUCCUGGAAGAAUCCCUGGAGGAAUUCCUUGAAGAAAGGGGUUUUUCCCUCUUCCAAAUUUUUAGUUAAAAAUAAAUAAUAAUAAUAAUAAUAAUUUCUUGAAGAAUCCCUGUAGGAAUUCCUGGAAGAUUCCCUAGAGGAAUUUCUAGAAGAAUCCCUGGAGGAAUUCCUGGAGGAAUCUCUGCAAAAAUUCCUGGAAGAAUCCUUGGAGAAAUUCCUCGAGAAAUUCCUUGAAGAAUCCUUAGAGGAAAUCCUGUAAAAAUCCCUAAAGGAAUUCAUGGACAAAUCCCUGGAGAAAUUCCUGGAAGAAUCUCUGGCGGAAUUCCUGGAAAAAUCCCUGGAAAAAAAUCUGGAAGAAUCCUUGAAGGAAUUCGUGGAAGAAUCCCUGAAGGAAUUCAUGUAACAAUCCCUGAAGUAAUUCUUGGAAGAUUCCUUGGAGGAAUUCCUGGAAGAAUCCCUGGAGAAAUUCCUUGAAAAAUCCCUGAAGGAUAUACUUGAAGAAUUCCCGGAUGGAAAUUCUGGAGGAAUUCCUGGAGAUAUUCCUAGAGAAAUCUCUGGAGGAAUUCCUGGAAGAAUCUCCAAAAGAAUUUCUGGAGAAAUCUCUGGUAGAUUCCCUGGAGAAACUUCUGGAAGAAUCCCUGGAGGAAUUCCUGGAAGAAUCCCUGGAGCAAUUUCAGGAAGUAUCCCUGAAAGAAUUCCCGGAACAAUCCCUGGGGGAAUUCCUGGUGGAAUCCCUGAUGAAAUUCCUGGAGGAAUUCCUGGAGAUAUUCCUAGAUGAAUCUUUGGAGGAAUUCCUGGAAGAAUCCCUUGAAGAAUUUCUGGGGGAAUCUCUGGAAGAAUCCCUGGAGAAAUUUCUGGAACAAUCCUUGGAGGAACUCCUUGAAGUAUCCCUGGAGAAAUUCCUAGAGGAAAUCCUUGAAGAAAUUCCUGGAAGAAGUCCUGGAGAUAUUCCUAGACGAAUCCCCGGAAAAAUCCCUGGAGAAAUUCAUGGAGGAAUUCUUGGAAGGAUCCUUGGAAUAAUCGCUGGAGAAAUUCCUGGAAGAACCCCUUGAGGAAUUCCUGGAAGAAUCCCUGGAGGAAUUCCAGAGAGUAGCACUGGAAGAAUUCCCGGAACAAUCCAUCGAGGAAUUCCUUGAAGAAUCCCUGGAAGAAUCCCUGAAAGUAUUUCUGGAAGAAUCUCUGGAGGAUUUCCUGGAAGAAUCUCUGGAGGAAUUCCUGGAAGAAUCUCUGAAAGAAUUUUUGGAAGAAUCUCUGGAGGAUUUCCUGGAAGAAUCCCUAGAUGAAUUUCUAGAAGAAUCCCUGGAAAAAUUCCUGGAGGAAUCUCUAAAAGAAUUCUUGGAGGAAUCUCUGCAAGAUUUACUGGACGAAUCUCUAGAAGAAUUCCUGGAAGAAUCCUAGGAGAAAUUCCUUGAAGAAUCCUUAGAGGAAAUCCUGGAAAAAUCCCUGAAGGAAUUCAUGGACAAAUCCCUGGAGAAAUUCCUGGAAGAAUCUCUGGAGGAAUUCCUGGAAGAAUCCCUUGAAGAAUUCCUGGAAGAAUCCCUGGAGGAAUUCCAGAGAGUAGCACUGGAAGAAUUCCCGGAACAAUCCAUCGAGGAAUUCCUUGAAGAAUCCCUGGAGGAAUUCCUGGAAGAACCCUUGAAAGUACUUCUGGAAGAAUCUCUGGAGGAUUUCCUGGAAGAAUCUCUGGAGGAUUUCCUGGAAGAAUCCCUGGAGAAAUUCCUUAAAGAAUCCCUAGAAAAAAUCCUAGAAGAAUCCCUGAAAAAAUUCUUGGAGGAAUCUCUAAAACAAUUCCUGGAGAAACUCCUGGAAGAAUCCCUGGAGGAAUUAAUGGAGGAAUUCUUGGGGAUUCCUGGAGGAAUGCCUGGAAGAAUUCCAAGAAAUAUUCCUAGAGGAAUCCCUGGAGGAAUCCCUGGAGUAGUCUCUGGAGGAAUCCCUGGAAGAAUCCCUGGAGGAAUCUCAGGAAUAAUUUCUGGAGUAGUCUCUAGAAGAAUUCUUGGAAGAAUCUCUAGAAGAAUUCAUGGAUAAAUUUGUGGAAGAAUUCCUGCAGAAAUCCCUGAAGAAAUUAUUGGAAGAAUCCCUGGAGGAAUUCCUGGAAGAAUCGCUGGAGAAAUUCAUUGAAAAAUCCCUGAAGGAAUUGCUGGAAGAAUUCCCGGAAGGAAAUUCUGGAGAAAUUCCUGGAGAUAUUCCUAGAGGAAUCUCUGGUGGAGUUCCUGGAAGAAUCUCCAAAACAAUUCCUGGAGAAAUCUCUGGAAGAAUUCCUGGAGAAAUUCCCGUAAGAAUCCCUGGAGGAAUUCCUGGAAGAAUCCCUGGAGGAAUUCCUGGGGGAAUCUCUGGAAGAAUUCCUGGGGAAAUUCCUGUAAGAAUCCCUGGAGUAAUUCCAGGAAGUAUCCCUGGAAGAAUUCCCGGAACAAUCUCUGGGGGAAUUCCUGGUGGAAUCCCUGAUGAAAUUCCUGGAGGCAAUCCUGGAGGUAUUCCUAGAGGAAUCUUUGGAGGAAUUCCUGGAAGAAUCCCUAAAAGAAUUUCUGGGGGAAUCUCUGGAAGAAUCCGUGGAGAAAUUCCUGGAACAAUCCUUGAAGGAGUUCCUUGAAGUAUACUUGGAGAAAUUCCUGGAGGAAAUCCUUGAAGAAAUUCCCGGAACAAUCCAUCGAGGAAUUCCUUGAAGAAUCUCUGGAGGAAUUCCUGGAAGAAUCCCUGAAAGUAUUUCUGGAAGAAUCUCUGGAGGAUUUCCUGGAAGAAUCCCUGGAGAAAUUCCUUGAAGAAUCCCUGUAGGAAUUCCUUGAAAAAUCCCUGGAGAAAUGCCUAGAAGAAUCCUUGGAAAAAUUCUUGGGGGAAUCUCUUAAAGAAUUCCUGGAGGAAUCUCUAGAAGAAUUCCUGGAAGAAUCCUUGGAGGAAUUCCUUGAAGUUUCCUUGGAGGAAAUCCUGGAAAAUCCCUGAAGGAAUCCAUGGACAAAUCCCUGGAGAAAUUCCUGGAAGAAUUCCUGGAGGGAAUCCUGUAGAAAUUUUUGGAGGAAUCCUUGGAAGAAUCUCUAGAGGUAUCCUGGAGCAAUCCCCGUGGGAAUUCCCCGUGUCUCAAUUAUUUUUUGAUGAAUUUAUUUCAAAGAGAUUAGAAGAAGAAUUAAAAAAGGAAGUCUUUGAGAAAUUUUCGAUAAAAUUCUUGAAGAAAUUAUCGAGGGAGCUCCUAGAGGAAUCAUCAAUGAAAUUCCUGGUGGAAUCCCUGAAGAAAUUCCCUGGACAAAUCCCUGGAGAAAUUCCUGAAGGAAUCCCUGUAGGAAAUCCUAGAGGAAUUCCUGAAGCAAGUCCUGGAACAAUCCCUGAAGGAAUUCUUGGAAGAAACCCUGGAUAUAUUCCGGAGAAAUUCCUGGAGGAAUCCCUAGAGGAAUCCCUGGAGAAAUUACCGGAGGAAUUCUCGGAGGAAUCCCCGUGGGAAUUACCAGACGGAUCCCCAGGAGAAUUCCUGGAGCAAUCCCCGGGGGAAUUCACCAUGUCUCAAGACAUGUUUGACGAAUUUAUUUCAAAGAGAUACCUGGAAGAAUUAAAAAAAGGAAGUCCUUGAAAAAUUUUCAAUAAAAUUCUUGAAGAAAUUAUCGAGGGAGCUGCUAGAGAAAUCAUCAAUAAAAUUCCAGGAAGAAUUCCUGGAGGUUUUCCUGGAAAAUCCCUGGAUGAAUUCCUGGAAGAAUCUGUGGAGAAAUUCCUGGAGAAAUACCUGGAGGAAAUCCUGAACGAAUUCCUGGAGGAAUUUCUGAAGGAAUUCCUGGAGGAAUCUCUUGAAGAAUUCCUGAAGGAAUCUCGAACUAAUUCUGGUGGGAGUUUUAAAAGUAAGUCCUAGAGGAGUUCCCAAAGGAACUCAUCUUGUAAUUUAAGGAACUCCUGAUGAAGCUCCUAAAGGAAUACCCAAAGAACCACCAGGAGGAAUUUCCGAUGGAAUGUCUUGAUAAAUUCUCGAAGGAACGCCUGAUGAAGUUCUAGAAGGAACUCCUUUAGUAAGCGCCAAUAUAACUCCUUCCAGAAACUCUCGAAGGAAUUCCCUAAGAAAUUCCAGGAGGAACUACUGAAGAAAAUUCCGAUGGAACUCCUGAAGGAAUUCACCGGAAUGAUUUUCCCGAGUACCUUGAAUAAACUCCGAAUUCCAGAAGAAAUAUGUGGAGGAAUUUCUAGAAGAACCUUAGGAGGAAUUUCCAAAAAAAAAACUCCUGCAGAAAUUAUCGAUGAAACUCCCGAAAGAAUAUCCGAAGGGAAACCUGGAAAAAUUUUCGAAGCAAUUUUUUCUGUGAGUUCUCGAUAGAGGAGUUCUCCUAGAGAAAUUCUCGAAGGUACUCCCGAAAAAAUUCCUGUACAAAUUUCCUGAAAGAACUCCCAAAAAUACCUGGAGGUAUUCUGGAAGGAACUCUAGAGAGGUUCACAAAAAUUAUAAUCGAAGGAUCUCCUGGAAGAAUUCCCGAUGAACUCCUAAAGAAAUUCUCAAAGGAUCACCUGAGGGAAAGUAAUUUCCCAAAUCAAUUCGGGAAAAAUAAUUCCCGAUAGAAUACCUGGAAGAAUCUCAAAGGAGCUCCCGAGGAAAAUCCUGGAGGAGUUUUCGUAACAUUUCCUGAAGGAAUUCACGAUAGAGCUCCUAGAGAAAUCCCUGAAGGAAUUUCGGGAGGGAUUUCAGAAGAAUCUCCUGGAAAAAUGCCCGAAGCAUCAACUGGAGGAAUUCCUGAAGAAAUUCCUAAAGGAAUUCCGAUGGAACUUAAAUUUCCGAAUGAAAUCCUGGAGGAAUUCUCGAUGGAACUCCUGGAGGAAUGCCCAAAAAACUCCCGGAGGAACUCUUGAAGGAUCUCCAAAAGAAACUCCUUGAGGUACUCCAAAAGAAACUCCUGGAGGAAUUCCCAAAAAAAACUGUUUUGAGAAAAUCUUGAUGAUUCUCCAUAAUAAAUUUCCAAAAGAACCCUUGGUAAAAUACUCGAAGGAACACCUUAUGAAAUUCAUGAAAGAACUCCUUUAGGAAAUGCCAAUGGAACUCCUCAAGGAUUUUCCGAUGGAACUCUUCGAGGUAAUUCUGGAGGGACUCCUAAAGGUAUUCCCGAAGCAAUACUUUGAGAAAUUCCCGAAGGAAUACCUGGUGGAAUUAUCGAUGAAACUCCUGCAAAAAUUUCCGAAGAAAUCCGUAGAGGAAUUCUCGAAGAAACUCAUGGAGGAAUUCCCGAUGGAACUCCUAGAGGAAUCUUCGAAAACACACAAAUCAAUUCUUGAAAAACUUCAUUCCGAGCUUCAUUCAGGAUACCUGAUGAAGCGCCUGAAGGAAUUCCCGAAAAUAAAUCUGGAGGAAUUUCUGUAGUAACUCCUGGAGGAAUUACCUAUGGAACUCCUGAAAAAACUCUUGGAGGAAUUCUCGAUAGACUACAUGAAGGAGUACCUGAAGGAAGAAUUCUCGAAAGAAUCCCUUUACAAACCCCAUUGAAGUUCCUAAAGGGAUUUUCGAAGGAAUUUCUGGAGGAAUUUCCAAAGGAACUCCUGGAGAAAUUCCUGAAGAGAUACCAGGCGAAAUUGUCUUGGAAGAGCCUCAGAUGAAUGACCGAAAGAACUCCUGAAAGUAUUGCUGAAAUAACUUCAGGAGGAAUUCCCGCAAGAAUUGCUCAAGGAAUCUCAAAGAAGAAAAAAAACUAGUGAAGGAAGCCCGUCAACGGAAUCCAUGUUAGAAGUAUUUUAAAAGAAAUUUCUGGUACCGGAAUCUCGGAGGAAUCUCCAUAAAAACUUACUAUAAGAAUCCAAAAAAAAAAAGCGUUGAAGAAAAAAAUACUCAUAGAUUCCCCGAAGGAAUUCCUCUUUGACAAACCUUUCAAAUAAUUCUUGCUAAAGAAAUGCGGAAGGGAUUUUUCUGCCGGAAAUCUCAACAGCAAUCCCUGCUAGAGAUUUUAAUGAAAGAGUUCCUGUUCAGAAAAAAAGUCCUCGUGGAAUAUCUAUUUAGAUGAAGUUCCUGCCGGAGGAAUGCCGAAAGAAAAUCCUGUAGCAGAAAUAAUAUUAGAGGGAAUUCCUAAUUGAAUCCCACAAGAAAUGUCUUGUUACAUUCCAGAGAAUUUCCUUCUGGAGGAUUGCCACAAGAGAAGUCCUACUUGAGAAGUAUUCCCGCUGGAGUUUUGUGGCAGGUGAAAAUCGAUCUGAAACUGGAUAUGCUGGGUCAUGGUUUAAAAAACUUCCGUGCACUACCAAGAACUUGUAAUACAAUUUCUCACAGCAUUCUAAAUUGUGUCCGAUGCCAUUAAAAUUUCACAAAAUUUGCUUCAUUUAAAAUAUUUUAUGAAAUUUUGAAGUUGUUCUUCAAAAAAGAAAGGUAAACAUUGCUCCUCCACACUAGCUUUGAUGCUGGGCGCUGCGUUGCAAUGCGUCAACUUUGAAAAUUUUCAAAGUUUAGAACGACUUCAGCGUUUUUAGUACAAUGACGUACGUCAUGCAACGCAUCAUUGUGACUUGCUGCACUGAAAGCCAUUGCUUCAAACCAAGCUGUCAGUUACAGCUGAAGUCGAAGUCGAAGUCGACGCAGCAUUGUGGCUCCCGCUUUAAAAUUGGCUUGACGCACGCAAUCCCGAAGUUGGGUGGAAAGAACACGUGCUCGUUGAAACGAAGUGGGCUGUCGAUAGCCACACACAGAUCACGAACUAUAAUUAGUUCGGAAAAGUUGGCCAUCAUGACACAAAAAUGAGUUAGAUAAAACAUAACUUAUGAUACUGAAUUGCAUAUUCAAUAUAUAUAUUGCAUAAUACAUAUUUUAUUAUCUGCCCCCUCAAAAUGCGAAAUCCAGUCAAACAUUUUUGAAGGGGGGGAAACAAAAAGUGGAAAUUAAAUUUGUAUCAGCCUUACUAAAGGAAGAGAAAAUCGACGAAGAGAAAUCGAUCAUUGUGUAGAUACGCCUGUAUGAUACUAAACGCAAGAUUUGAUUUUAUCGCGACUGUCCUUUUUGUGAUAUGAUUGCAAAGGCCUACCUAAAUUAGCAUAACUCAGCAUAGCUUAGAAUAAAAAAAAAAAAGCAAUCUUUGCAGACUGAUGCCAAAUGGUACUGUCCAACCACAGAGAACAGACAUUUAAGCUCGAACAAAAAUACGUCGAAAUCGUGUGUAAAGGAUUUAAGUGCACCUCAACGCCACCAACGGAGACUGCCCCACAUAUAAAAUCGAUAUGACCCCACGAUGGCAGUGUUCAUCGUUAAAACACACUAGCCCACAAAGCGACACGAGCGCCAAACGGCCAAAAACGGCGAGCACUGAAAACAAAAAUGACAACACAACAAUGUAAGUGAUGGGACGCUAGCGCCGCGCAACGGGAGCAUAACCACAUACUCUGAAAUGAUCGUUACAAAGUUUUACACAAGGCAGAAAGCGAAGAUAGACGUCUGUUCUCUGUGCACGGUCAGAAAAUUCACUCAUUUUCGAGCUAAAGUGGGACAACUCAAAAUUGAGUAAAUUUUUUUCCCAGCGAUAGCGCUGGCCCAAGUGCGAAAAUCGCAUCAGUUUAAGCCGUAUAAUAUUCUUGAUGAAGCGAAGAAUAUUAUACGGCUUAAACCAGUUGGAUUUUUGCACUUAAGCCAGCGCUAUCGCUGGAAAUGCAAUUUACUCAUUUUUUGAGCUGUUCCAGUUUAGCUCAGUUUUGUGUGAAUCUUACUCAUUUUAGAGUAACAUUUUCUUAGCGUGUGGUCCAACUGGCUUUAGUCCAAGGACCUUACUAUGGUAAUCAAGAAUUCCUAAUAAGGUAAAAACGUGUAGCCAGUAUUUUCUAUUUUCGGUAAAAAUGAAAUGGAAUGAAAUCUUUUGUGCCUUGAACAUGUGUUGUUGAGGCUCUUUCGAAUAGGAUCGAGGAACGCGAGUGAAAGAUGUUCGAAUCCAACGGUUUAUUUGCCACUCAAACUCAAAUUCUUACUCUUCCAUAUAUAUACCCUUCUACCCUAUUAUUGUUGAUACAGCAUUAUUGUUCCCCCUGUCUCCCUAUUUAAAAUCGCAUACAAUAAAUUUGACUACAUUGAAUUGCAAACAAUAAUGUGAAUGCGAUUGAAUUUUGUACAUUGUGUCUGUUUGUUGACCUAUCUGAAAAACGCCUUUAUGUGAACAAUAAUAAUGCGAUUCUCUAUUGAUUGUUGUUCCUACCAAUUUAUAUUAGGUAACCUAGAUCAUUUAAGGUUCAAAGGGAUGAUUUAGUAUGGUGGGUAUGCGGUUGAUUGUGGUAAAAUUUCGAGAAGCUGAUGUGGUGCAAGAAACCACCCUGACGGCUUACUAGCGGCCGGAACAUGUGUGCUUAUCAACAACGCAAUCGUCACUACACUUAUCUCUCCAUCAGAGAUGUAUGUACAGUGUCGGACAAAACAAUAAGACCACUAGCCAUUUUUCAUACAAAAUGGUCAAGUUUGACGAUGUGAUGCUCGGUUUAUAGUGAACCUAUUUGGCUGACAUUUUGACAGUCGCCAUGGAGUUACGUGAAUUUUGAUUUGUAUUUAAUUGAGUGAGUUCUGCUCACCACAUCAAAAGUUACAGAUAUACGAAACAUCAUAAUUAUAGAACCACUUUCAGAUUGCCACUAUCAUAUGAUAUUAUGAGAGUAUCUGAUACUUGAUUAUUGAUAAACAAGUACCACAGAGAACAGACGUCUAUCUUCGCUUUCUGCCUUGUGUAAAACUUUGUAACGGUCAUUUCGGAGUAUGUGGUUAUGCCCCCGUUGUGCGGCGCUAGCGUCCCAUCACUUACAUUGUUGUGUUGUCAAAUUUGUUUCCAGUGCUCGCCGUUUUUGGCCGUUUGGCGCUCGUGUCGCUUUGUGGGCUAGUGUAUUUUAUCGAUGAACACUGCCAUCGUGGUGUCAAAUCGACUUUUUAUGUGGGGCAGUCUCCGUUGGUGGCGUUGAGGUACACUUAAAUCCUUUACACACGAUUUUGACGUAUUUUUGUUCGAGCUUAAAUGUCUGUUCUCUGUGCAAGUACUAAGAUCAAGGAUGCCAUUUAAACUUGGGGACAUUUUUAUUAAAUUGACCACAACUAUCCAUCAUAAAAAUAUGGUGUCAGAAUUUUGUCGCACCGUAUAUCUGUAACUUUGGAAGUAGUGAACAGAAAAAAAGACACGGACACGUUUAGUACUUCCAGUGAGCUAUUCGCUCUUUGAAGGAAGCACGACACUAGACAACGGACUAGCAUGCAACGCCCAGUGGCACAGCUGAAAACUUUUCCUGACAGCUGCGGCGGGAAUCGAACCCGCGCUCCUAGUACGAUGCGACUAAAUGCUUGGAGACACUAGCCACACGACCACGAAGCCACACAGAACUCAAUCAAUUUAAUACAAAAUUCCCGUAAAUCCAUGUCGGCUGCCAGAAUUUCAGCCAAAUCGAUUUACUAGAAACCGAGUACCAUAUCGUCAAACUUGACCAUUUUGUAUGAAAUAGCACAGAGAACAGACGUCCAAGCUCAUGUAGUGCAGUUGUGUAAAGCAUUGCAACGGUUGGUUUGAAAUAACUGGGAAAGUGGCCAUUACGCGGCGCUGUUAAAUUUCGAAUCGGGGUACAAAUUUGCCGUUGUUUUGCCUUUUGGCGCUAGUGUCACCAAGUGUGCACCCUAGUAUAGUUCCACCAAGAGAAUGUGUUGGUUUUACUUGGAAAACAUUCAUUGAAUUCUUGUUCAACUUGUUUCUUAUUGAAAAUAAUGAAACUAACUAUCAAUGGGUUGCACAAAUUUUGUUGCUGGAUUAGUGAAAUAAUCAUAAACAUCUUGUUAUUUAAGCAAAUACAGCUCAGAAUCUGAGUAGGAAAAUUUAAAGGUGUGCUAGUGAAAUAUUUCUUCAGAAAGCGCCAUCAUGAUGUCGAAACAAGUUUUUGAGUGGGAAAGUCACCGUCGAUGUCGCUACUGAGCUUGUUUUUUCUUUACACAAGAUUUUCAAGCAAUUUUGUUCGAGCAUGUUCGUCUGUUCUCUGUGGAAAUAGGACCGGUGGUCUUCUUGUUUUGUCCGACACUGUAUCACAGAGAACAGACGUCCAAGCUCAUGUAGUGCAGUUGUGUAAAGCAUUGCAACGGUUGUUUUGAAAUAACUGGGAAUGUGGCCAUUACGCGGCGCUGUCAAAUUUCGAAUCGGGGUACAAAUUUGCCGUUGUUUACCUUUUGGUGCUAGUGUCACCAAGUGUGCACCCUAGUAUAGUUCCACCAAGAGAAUGUGUUGGUUUUACUUGGAAAACAUUAAUUGAAUUCUUGUUCAACUUGUUUCUUAUUGAAAAUAAUGUGAAACUUCCUGUGAAGUAUACCCAGGUAACCAAUAAGCAUUUGAAUAAGCCGUAUUUCUGUUUUAUAUCUGCAUUUGACCUGCUUACUGCCGUAUGAUAGCAGUUCGACGGCUAAACUGCCCUAUAUUAGCAAUUGAAAUGCUACUUAAAAUCUGACAGCAGUUAUGUAGCAUUUCAGAUGCACGGUAUGUUUUGGUCAACAAGCAGCAUAACUGCUACAUUAGUGCCAUAAAACUGCUAAGUGGGAGGAGUGAUGCUGAACCCACAACACAUUUCCACUUUUUAAUUUACGUGCCCCGGCUGUAGAUGUCAUUAUCAUUCGCUUGUCCUGUCAUUUAUAGAGUAGCAGCUAUAAAACAUGCUUUGGCAAAUAAAUGCCAUGGUUUUGGCUACUUUCCAAUGCUCGAUUUAAUUAUCAGCACAUGCUGGGCACAUAGCAUAUCUCACGAAGCUACUGCCGGUGUAAUAUUCAAGCUUUAAAUUGAUCAAAAAAUCAACGCACAUUAUCUAAUCAUCUAUAGCUUACAUCGUAGCGAGGUUCAGCACCAUCGUCAACCCGAGGAUCGAGGGAUCAAAUCCCAAUUUCGCCGAAAUCAGCAAAAAAACAAGAACAGAAUUUCAAAACGUGCCCCAAGCCUCAAAAGUUGCACAGGAGAGUGAAGAUAAAAAUAGAAGAGAAAGAGAGGCCGUAAAAUGGGCAGGGGAAUUUUUUUGUUUUUAUUUUUGACAAUAUGGGGGGUAGGAAAUUUAAGCAUUAAAUCAGCCGUAUUUUGGGCCAAAACCUGCAUUUAAGUAGCACUUAUGGCGCAUAUGGGGCAAAUAAGCAUUUAAUGACCUGCCGUAAAGGCGCAUAUAGUGCGGAAUUAAUGCCAUUUUAACUGCUUAUUGGUUACCUGGGUAUUCUUCAAGCUACAAUGCAAGACAAUUUAGAGAUCACAACCUAUUAGUUUUAAACGAUCAUCGAACAGAUAAGAAAACAUUUGAUCAUCGAAAUCGAAUCAUGUCUUCUAAUAAUAAGCAAUGCAUACCAGUUGAACGUAUUUGAACAUAUUUCAAUUCUUUGAAAUCGCACAGUAUAUAAUCAUAAGUGAAAUUGCUGUUAUAUGUACUAUGUAAAUAAAUAAAUGCAUAAAUAAAUAAAAGUCACAGAAGUAUGUUUGUAUUUUUUCGAAACUGAGUAGGUUUCUUCGAAAACUCCUGGAAAACUCUUCUCCCAUUCUCUCCUAGCAAAUGUCAACCAAUGGAUGUAUCGGCUGGUUUAUUUUAUCACCGUGUUUAUCCAUUGAGGCGCUAGCUUCUAUGUGCAAAAAACGCUUAAUCACCUAAGGGCAUCUCCAGGAGCGUUAUAAAACGUGUGGGAGUUUCAAAAUGCAUCCAGAACAGCAUCAUGGCUAUCUUCAGCCGGCGUUUCAGAUGUAAAAAUUCGAACAGGUUUGUUUCAAAAUAAGUACAAACUGGCAUACGACCCGUUAUAUUUUUGCACACAUUUGAAACAAGAUUUUGACGCGUUCUUUUUAUGUUGUUGCCAUGGAAAAUAACAUGUAUGCUCUGUGGGAACAUCAUUCUACACGAAGCAAAAUGAAGCUUGUUUAAAACAAUAAAACGCAUGAUUGAUUUUCAAACUGAGCAUUUACUUAUUCCGAAGUUAUAUUUCUUUGUUCUUAUUUGGAGUUUAUCGAUCAAAACAACCAAUUCCCAUCAUUCCAUAUAACGUUAAAAUCUUCAUUUGUUUCAACAAAAUGGGGACCAUAAACAUGGCCCGGAAGCACUCACACAUCUUCAAAAUUCUUACCCCAACAUCGCCACACCGAAGAAAGUGUAGCAAAUCCAUCACUCCAACUUUCAAGUACAGUUUUGGCCGUGAUGGAUAACGCGCAGGUACUCAAGACUGCAUCCAAAAAAAGUUGGAGGGUUUCGAUUUUUUGCCUUUUUUAUUCGUUCUCGCUUCCAUCCGCUUGUCGAGUGUCUAAAAAUGGAUUUCCGAGCUGCCGCAGGAGCUGCCGUCACCAACACAAUCACUUCCCGGCUUUGUUAGUGGCAAAA